UUUAAGAAUCUUAAUAACUCUUCUAUCUCUCUCUAACACUGAGUGAAACACAGAACCACCACCACCCAAACACACCCUUUUCUCACUAACUUCGAAGUUCUAAUUCCGCCAUGGCAGUUCCAUCGUCACUGUUUUCCCUCUCAUUCCCCUUCGACCCUCAAAUCCAAAUCCAAAACCUCUCUUUCUCUCUCUCUCUGCCUUCGCACUUCUCUCUCUUCUCCUCCACCAAACCCCGUUUCCCCGCUUUCAAACUCUCCUCUUCCCACUCUUCCUCCUCCCCUCUCACCACCACCUUCCUCACCGACGACGACCUCCGCCGCCUCAACUCCCUCGAAUCCUUCCUCUACCGCCGCGAACUCCCCUCCGGCUCCCUCUCCGUCCGCCUCAUGCGCCCCCACGAGACCCGUUCCACCGUUCUCCUCCUCGCCCACUCCUUCGCCGAGUCCUUGCUCAUUCCCGCCGCUUACGUCAACCUCCUCGCUUUCCUCAUCAACCAGUACCUCAUCCAACGCCUGACGCUCCUGCCCAACACCGCCACGCUCGUCGCUUUCUACACUCAAACACCAUCGCCACCUACUGCUGAUUCUAAAGAAGACGAGGAAGAACCACUACAAGAAGACGAAGGAGCGCCCUUGGCUGGAACUGUCGAGAUCUGUUUCAACAAAAGAGGCGCCAAUGCUUCCGUUCCCACGCCCACCCCUCCGAGGGAUUCGCCCUACAUUUGUAACAUGGCCGUGGAAAAGUCUCUCAGGAGGAGGGGCAUUGGCUGGCAUCUUCUAAAGGCAAGUGAGGAAUUAAUUUCUCAGAUGAGUUCCUCAAAAGAGGUUUACUUGCAUUGCAGAAUGAUUGAUGAAGCUCCAUUUAAAAUGUACACAAAAGCAGAUUACAAAGUUGUAAAGACAGAUAGUAUUUUAGUCCUGCUGAUGUUGCAGAGACGCAAGCACUUGAUGUGCAAGGAACUCCCUCUUUCAAGUAUGACUUCAGAAUCAGAUCUGUCAGAGUAUGAUGAACAAAAGACUAUAUGAAUGUGUAUAUGGGUUGCAAAAUAUUUGUCAAGCAUUGAUAGCAAGAUGGACAUGGUGGUUUUAAGUUUGACCGGAGAAUAGAGAUUGGUAUCAUGCAUCCUUACUUAUUUCUCUUAUCUUUAGGACAGGGACUGAAUGUUACAGGUUUCCAUUACGCAUAUAUUCAUAUACUAGGAAUCUAUGCUUUCCAUCAGCACAGUAGCCUAUCAAAGAAACAAGAUUUGGGUGGUCAAGUCUGCUUAAGAUGUCAACUUCGACUCGGAACUCACGCUCCCCCUCUGCUGCUUUAAUUGCUGGCAACUCCAUUUUCUUGAUUGCUACAACCUUCAGAAGGAGACUUGUAUUAUUAGUAUGUAUUCAUCUGUAUCAAAUUCACUGGUUUUGAGCAUUUUAUAAGAAACAUGGUUUCUGUAUGGAAGCUAUAACCGACAUAACAAAGUGCUGUGAACUAUGAUGAAUUCGAGUUCUAAGGGCAAUAAACUUCUGUGUAGAGUGUGUUACCUCUCCCGACCGCAAUGUGCCUCGGUAGACUUUGCCGAAUCCUCCUUUUCCAAGCAGAUUCUCAUCACUGAAUGAACAUGUUGCCUCUUCCAUCUCCUUGAGUGUGAAAACAGAUGAUCCAUGUAGCCUUUUUGUAGGUCGUGGUGUCUGAUCUUCAAGUUGCCAAAGCUGUGCAGGUUUGUAAACCCCUGAAUAUAAAAGUUUUUAAGUAUUACUGUUUGGUUAUGCAAUAAAAACAGUACUAAAUUACAGGCUUAAACCAUGAGGGAAAAACAUAAUAAAGAGCCAUUACAGGGAUCUGUGUGCUCUUGAGAUUUGCUUCUCCGGCGCUUGUUCCAGGCUGAGACCAAACCAAAUGGCAUGAUUGAUUGCUCUAUCUUAUCUGUUCUGUGUUUGAGAAAUGAAUUGAAAAUACAAUUGCAUAUAAAUGUUACACACACAGGUGGUUCUGUGAAGAACCUUGAAGUAAACUACUGAGUAAUUAGUGAGUCUAGAAUAGCUGGCAUGUGCCUGAGAAAGCUAUAUUCCCAUAUAAACAGCAGUUUGAUAGAAUGGAAAAGCUGUAUGUAUGGGGAGUACGUGUGGAUGAAGUGAAGCUAGAUUAGAAUAGUUGAUUGAACAUCUUCCAACAACAGCAGAAGGAGAGAGACAAAAAGAUGUGCUUUAACGCAAAGAGAGAACUGAUAAAAGUAGGUAUGGCUUACCUAUGGUUGAGAUGUGAUAGUAAGGGUGGGCCGGGCUUGCUUUGAUGGUGAAAUGGAAACUGAUGCCUCAUUCACCAAGUUCUUCAUGUUACCGUUUGCAUUUUGAAAAUCAGUGGCGGUUGCAAUGCCCCUUUCACUUGUUCUCUUCAUUGCAAAAUUUGUUAUCUUGUUUCCAAAUCUUUCUCUCAUAUGGUGUAACCGUCAUUGUUGUUAUUAAAGCGUGUCAUCAUCAUCAUUUGAAUUAGCUUUUCUUUGGCACCAAUAAUAAUCCAUGACCAUCUAUGUGGGUACCAAAGCCAUUAAAUACGUUUUGUCGGCUAUCAUUCAUAGCCUGAAAAUAUGUGGAAAGGAGGAUUUGAUCAUUUUCAGGUGAGGACAAAUAAGAAUAAGUAAGGUCAUGUAAUUCUAAUUGUUAUUUUUCAUUAACAGAUGAAAUUAUUUAUUUAUUAUUUAAAUUUAAAUGCA